CAAGGUGGAUCUGUUCUAUAAGGUCCGCCACGUGAUGAUGGAGCUGAUCGACCUGAGGAGGCAGAUGCUGUCGGGUCACCUGACCCAGGACCAGAGCCGGGACGUCAAGAGACACAUCACCGUCAGACUCGACUGGGGCAACGAACACAUGGGUCUGGACCUGGUGCCCAGGAAGGAGUUCGAGAUGGUGGAUGAAGACCAGAUAAGCGUCUCAGAUCUUUAUAAGAUGCAUCUGUCCAGCAGACACAGCGUCCAACAGAGCACCACACAGGGUGAUGGUACCCGGCAGAGACAUGGGGAGCCGUGCAGGGUCCCGGUGCCGCACCACCUGUUGGUCAACCUGAAGAGCUUCACCUACAACAGCAUCGGAGAAGACACAGACAUAUUCUUCUCUCUGUACGACCUGAGGGAGGGCAAGACGAUCAGUGAGAAGUUCAUGGUGAGACUGAACAAGAACGGAGGACCGAAGAACCCGGAGAAGGUGGACCGACUGUGUGCCCUCUUCACGGAUCUGAGCAACAAAGACAUGAAGAGAGAUCUGUACAUCAUCCAGGUCAUCAGAACAGGCCGCAUGCUGCUGAACGACAGCAAGAAGGGUCCGCCUCACGUCCAGUACCGCCGGCCGUACGGGUGUGCCGUCCUCGCCAUGAGCGACGUGCUGCAGACCAUCUCCGAGCUCAAGGAGGAGAAAGACUUCGUCCUGAAGGUCUACACGUGCAACAAUGAGAACGAAUGGUACCAGAUCCACGAGAACAUCAUCCGCAAGUCCAGCACCAAAUACACGGCUCCCAGCACCAACUACGGUCUGAUCAUCUCCCUGCAGCUGCUGAGAGGCGACAUGGAUCAGGUCCGCAGGGAAAACCCUCUCAUCUUCAGCAGAGGCGUCGCCAUGACCCGGAAACUGGGCUUCCCUGACGUCAUCAUGCCAGGGGACAUCCGAAACGACCUGUACCUGACCCUGGAGCGAGGCGACUUCGAGAGAGGAGGGAAGAGCGUCCAGAAGAACAUCGAAGUCACCGUCUACGUGCUGUACGCCGACGGAGAGAUCCUCAAGGACUGCAUCAGUCUGGGGUCCGGGGAGCCCCCCCUCCCAGAGCACCGGUCCUUCGUCCUCUAUCACAACAACAGCCCCCGAUGGAGCGAAGUCAUAAAACUGCCCAUUCCCAUCGACCGCUUCAGGGGGUCGCACCUCCGCUUCGAGUUCAGACACUGCUCCACGAAAGACAAAGGAGAAAAGAAGCUGUUUGGUUUCGCCUUCACUCCUCUGAUGAGGGAGGAUGGAACCACGCUGUCAGACGAGAGCCACGAACUCUAUGUUUACAAGUGUGAUGAGAACACCACCUUCAGUAACCACGCGCUGUACCUGGGUCUGCCCUGCUGCAAAGAGGACUUCAACAGCUGCCCCAGCGUCCCCUCCAGCCUGGUCUUCCAGCGCAGCGCCAAGGAGAGCUUCUGGAUCUGCACCCAGCUGUCCUCCACCAAACUCACACAGAACGUGGACCUCCUGGCGCUGCUGAAGUGGAAAGCUCAUCCGGACCGAGUCAUGGACAUCCUCGGCCGACUCCGGCACGUCAGCGGAGAGGAGAUCGUCAAGUUUCUCCAAGAUAUUCUGGACACUUUAUUCUCCAUCCUGGAUGACAACACGGACAAAUACGGACCGCUGGUGUUCCAGUCACUGGUGUUCAUCAUAAAUCUUCUCAGGGACAGUAAAUAUUACCACUUCCGCCCGGUGAUGGACACGUACAUCCAGAAGCACUUUGCCGGAGCGCUGGCUUACAAGGAGCUGAUCCGCUGUCUGAAGUGGUACAUGGACCGCUCUGCAGAGGUGGUGAGACAGGACCACAUCCAGGAGGCCAUGAGGGCUCUGGAGUAUCUGUUUAAGUUCAUCAUCCAGUCGAGGAUCCUGUAUUCCCGGGCGACCUGCGGCAUGGAGGAGGAGACGUUCCGCUGCAGCAUCCAGGAACUCUUCCAGUCCAUCCGCUUCGUCCUCAGCCUGGACAGCCGCAACUCCGAGACCCUCAUCUUCACCCAGGCCGCCCUGCUGAACUCGUUCCCGGCGAUCUUCGACGAGCUGCUGCAGAUGUUCACGGUGCAGGAGGUGGCAGAGUUUGUCCGCGGGACUCUGGGCAGCAUGCCGUCCACGGUGCACAUCGGGCAGUCAAUGGACGUGGUGAAGCUGCAGUCCAUCGCCCGCACCGUGGACAGCCGGCUCUUCUCCUUCCCCGAGUCCCGGAGGAUCCUGCUCCCUGUGGUGCUGCAUCACAUCCACCUCCACCUGAGGCAGCAGAAGGAGCUGCUCAUCUGCUCAGGAAUACUCAGCUCCAUAUUCUCCAUCAUCAAGAGCAGCUCUAUGGACACGUCGGUGCAGGAGGAGGUGGAGAUGAUGGUGGAGUCUCUGCUGGACGUCCUCCUGCAGACCCUGCUGUCAAUCAUGAGCAAAAGCCAAUCGCAGGAGGCGGUAAGGGGUCAACGCUGUCCGCAGUGCACCGCGGAGAUCACUGGAGAGUACGUGUCCUGCCUGCUGUCCCUCCUCCGUCAGAUGACAGAUAUCCACUUCCAACGCCUGGUGGAAAACUUCCAGAGCAAAGAGGAGCUCAAGGAGUUCUUGCUGAAGAUUUUGUGUGUGUUCAGAAAUCUGAUGAAGCUCAGCAUCUUCCCCCGAGACUGGAACAUCAUGAGGCUGCUCACCAGCAACAUCAUCCUGACCACCGCUCAGUACCUCUCUCCCGCUCUGCACAAGAACUUCACAGAGGCCGAGUUUGACUUUAAGGUGUGGAACUCCUACUUCAGUCUGGCGGUGCUCUACAUCAACCAGCCCAGUCUGCAGCUGGAGACUCUGAGUCCAGCCAAGAGGAAGAAGGUGUUGGACAAGUACGGGGACAUGAGAGUGAUGAUGACCUACGAGCUGUUCAGCAUGUGGCAGAACCUCGGCGAGAAUAAGAUCCACUUCAUCCCCGGGAUGAUCGGCCCGUUCCUGGGGGUGACGCUGGUUCCUCAGCUGGAGGUCAGGAACAUCAUGAUCCCAAUCUUCCACGACAUGAUGGACUGGGAGCAGCGCAAGAACGGGAACUUCAAGCAGGUGGAGGCGGAGCUGAUCGAUAAGCUCGACAGUCUGGUUUCUGAGGGGAAGGGAGACGAGAACUACAGAGAGCUCUUCGGUUUGCUAACUCAGCUGUUUGGGCCGUACCCCAGCCUGCUGGAGAAGAUCGAGCAGGAGACGUGGAGAGAGACGGGCAUCUCCUUCGUCACCUCCGUCACACGACUGAUGGAGAGACUGCUGGACUACAGAGACUGCAUGAAGGGCGAUGAGACGGAGAACAAGAAGAUCGGCUGCACUGUGAACCUCCUGAAUUUCUACAAGUCGGAGAUCAACAAGGAGGAGAUGUACAUCCGCUACAUCCACAAACUGUGUGACAUGCACCUGCAGGCAGAGAACUACACGGAGGCUGCGUUCACGCUGCUACUGUACUGGGAGCUGCUGCACUGGGACGAGCGUCCUCUGAAGGACUUCCUGCAUUACCCCGCUCAGACCGAGUGGCAUCGCAAGGAGGGGCUCUGCAGGAAGGUCAUCCACUACUUCAACAAGGGCAAGUGUUGGGAGUUUGGUAUCCCUCUGUGCAGGGAGCUGGCCUUCCAGUAUGAAUCUCUGUACGACUACCAGAGUCUCAGCUGGAUCCGGAAAAUGGAGGCAGCGUAUUACGACAACAUCAUGGAGCAGCAGCGUCUGGAGCCGGAGUUUUUCCGGGUCGGAUUUUACGGCAGGAAGUUCCCCUUCUUCCUCAGAAACAAAGAGUUUGUUUGUCGCGGCCACGACUACGAGAGGCUCGAGGCCUUCCAGCAAAGGAUGCUGGGAGAAUUCCCUCAAGCCAUUGCCAUGCAGCAUCCCAACCAGCCGGACGAGGCCAUCCUGCAGUGUGACGCGCAGUACCUGCAGAUCUACGCUGUGACUCCGGUGCCGGACAGCCUCGGCGUCCUCCAGAUGGACCGAGUCCCCGACCGCAUCAAGAGCUUCUACCGGGUCAACAACGUCCUGCGUUUCAGAUACGACCGGCCAUUCCACAAAGGCUCCAAAGACAGGGACAACGAGUUCAAGAGUCUGUGGAUCGAGAGGACGACGCUGAUCCUGACUCACCCUCUGCCCGGUAUCUCUCGCUGGUUCGAGGUGGAGAAGAGGGAGCUGGUGGAGGUGAGUCCGCUGGAGAACGCCCUCUCGGUGGUGGAGAACAAGAACCAGGAGCUGCGGACUCUGAUCAGCCAGUACCAACACAAGCAGCUGCACGGGAACAUCAACCUGCUGAGCAUGACGCUGAACGGGGUCAUCGACGCCGCCGUCAACGGAGGCAUCGCCCGCUACCAAGAGGCGUUCUUUGAUAAGGAGUACAUCACCAGCCACCCUGAAGACACCGAGAAGAUCACACAGCUCAAAGACCUGAUGCAGGAGCAGGUUCACAUCCUGGGAGUCGGGCUGGCCGUGCACGAGAAGCUGGUGCACCCGGAAAUGCGUCCCCUGCACAAGAAGCUGAUCGAUCAGUUCCAGGUGAUGAGGAGCAGCCUCUGCCAUUGUUUCUCCGUCACGUUGCAGGGUCUUCCUGGUUUGGAGAAGUCUGGAUCAGGUGCCAACACCCCCCGAAUCCUGGCCUCCCACAGCCCCAUGAGCCCCGAGAGCUUCAAACUCAUGCACCGACACAGUCCCAUAGCUGUUCUGACUGCUGUGCGUCCCUCCCCCUCCUCUCUCUCCUCUCCCUCUUCCAGUGAGACGGUGGGCAGCCUGUUGAUCCUGGAGCAUCAGGACUUCUACCGCAUGCAGGCAAGCCCCUCCUCCUCCAGCCUAAGCUCCACCCACUCCGCACCCUCUCAGCUGAUAAACUCCGCCCCCUCCACCAUCAGAGUUGGCUCCCCUUCUCUGCCGGACAAAUACCGACACAACCGAGAGAUGCUGAUGCUGCUGCCGCCUCACAGAGACCGGCCGAGCAGCGCCAUGUACUCCAACAUCACGGAGAACGGACAGCCGACGAACCUCCAGAGGGCCUUGUUCCACCAGGUGAUGAUCGGACCCUGUAAACCCUGCAGCGACCCAAACCUGUCCGUGGCUGAGAAAGUCCUCACCACCCCCAGUAGUUGGAGUUUGGACAGCGGCACGAGGGACGUCCUCCCCUUCCUCUCAGCUCAUGUCGGCAGCGUUAUGGCGCCUCCCGUUCCCCCCCGCAACCUGCCACAUGGGCAACACCUGUCGAUGCACUUUGACGCUUUCCACCACCAGGUCAGCGACCUUCCUCCAGCUCUCCCUGCGCGAUCCCUAAGAAAGUCUCCCCUGCACCCUAUACCUGCCUCGCCCACCAGUCCUCAGUCCGUCCUGGAUGGCAGUAGCUCCACCCUGUCGGGCAGCGCCAGCUCGGGGGUCUCCUCCCUCAGCGAGAGCAACUUCGGCCCCCCGUCCUCCUCCUCCUGCGACCCCCCCACCGGCACCCUGGAUUCGGCCCCCAGCUGCACUACGGACCCAGAGGACCUGGACUACCAGCCAGUGCGGUUCAGCGGCUCCGAGCCCGAGGCGGGGGGGCAGAUCCAGCCCUCCGGACACCCGCUGCAGCAGCAGGACCUCCAGCACCUCCACUACUACCAUCACUACAUCCCCCACCUGCCGCCGCUCUACCACCUCCACCACGAGCCCCCCGCCCUGCCCCCCAAACCCUACCUCAGAGAGGGGUGUAUCCCAGAGGAAGACCCCCUGAAUGCCACCCAACCACCGACGCCACGCCCCAUGCCAAGAAAAAUCUCCCAGCCGAUCAUCGCCGCGACCAAGGAGGAACAGGCGAAGGUGGCCUGGGAGACCGGGGUCCGCGAGGAGUAACGGGGGGGCGUGGGGGUCAUGGGGUUUAAAUUGAUAAACGUUUUAUUCCAGAAGACAGAAUCUGAUAACCAAACUAAUGGAACAUUCAAACCCUCACCUCGCCUCCUGUCUGAGCACAGAGCCACAAACCACCGUCACACUGUCUCACGUGCGCUGAAAGGGCCCGUAUCAACCAGACCAUCACCCCCCAUGAAUGAUCUUGGUGUCAAAUCACACAGUUCUGACCACGUAGAAACCAAAUUCAGACGCCAGGCCAACUCUGAGCCACACCAUCUAAAUCAAAU